AAAUGGAUGGUGAAAUCUGAGCUUUUUAAUUGCAGUCCAAUGUGCACAUGGAUUUGUUGCAGCCAGCUGGUGAAAGGUGUUCCUCUUGCAGGCUUGUUACCUGUACCAGUUGUAGCUUUCGUCACAUGUAGCAACACUUCAGAACAAUUUAAACAUGGCGGAGGGGAUCUUGCCUUUUUCAACGUACAGGCUGUCGUGUCAACAAGACGCCUCUUUGAUGAGGUCUCUACUUUAUUGCAAGAUGAAAACCGGAAAUCUGAAAUGGUGGCCCUGUGCAUUUCCAUCCUCCUCUCGCAGACCAUGUUCUUCUUGCUCAUUUCGGAGAUCAUCCCGUCCACGUCGCUGGCCGUCCCCUUGCUCGGCAAAUACUUGCUCUUCACCAUGUUCCUGGUCGGCCUCUCUGUCCUCAUCACCAUCGUCAUCCUCAACAUGCACUACCGCAAGCCUUCCACCCACAAAAUGGCGCCGUGGGUCCGGCGAAUCUUCAUCCACCGGCUGCCAAAGAUCCUCCUGAUGCGGGUCCCCAAACGGGUCAACGAGGAAGUCGAGGAACGCAUGAAGUACAUCGCCAACAGGCGGCUGAAUUCCAAGGACGGACGGAGAUGGUCGAGACGAGUCAACUACGGAUCUCAAUUGCUCUGCGAGAUAAUCAAUUUUAACAAUCUUCCGCCGCCGCCGUCGCCGCCCCCGCCGCCUCCGCCGCCGCCCCCCGUACCGGCCAACUUGCGCGACAUGGGCCAACUGGGUCGCCGCAAGCGCUACCCGCUCGAACUGCAAAAGGCCAUCCGAGACGUCCAGUUUAUCCGUAAUCACAUGAAGCGCCGGGACGAAUACGACGCGGGUUGGCCAUGCAGAUGCCUCCGCAUUGUUCGCCCAGGCUGUACAUGGUGCCGGUUACAUGGCCAACAAAAUGACAGUUGCGGUCCCAGCCGGUCCCAGCGAGAUAAACCGUUGUCGCCUUCCUGUCAGAUUCGAGCGGACGCGGUUGACAUCGACACGGCCGUCGUGAGCAGGAAAAUCGACCAGACCUUCGUCCUAUCAAAGGUUUAA